AUGGGAUUAUGUGCUAGCACAUCAGAUACCCAAACUGAUUCAUCAACCCCAGCAGUAUCCAAAAGGACAGUUAAAACCUCGACAGUUAAAACCUCGACAGUAGCUUCAAAACCUGCUCCGAAAAAAAGGUCGAAGAAAACGAGAAAAUCCCAGACGGUGAUAACUCCAAAACAAAGUGGCGGCAACAAAAUAUUGAACGAUAGUGAAGAUGACAAUAGGGAGAAGUUAUCUGCUCGAGAAGCAGCGCGAUUGGCAGCUGAGAAGAGAUUACAAGACUCUAAUGAUAAAUCUACCCGAGGAGAACUAGGGAGAAAGCUUGCGGAAGAACGAAGCAAGUCGCACAAAAGUCAGUUGAUGAAGCAGGCUGAACAGCAAAGAUUAAAUAAGGCAAAUGAUAGUCUGAAUAAUGAUUAG